CUGACCACUUCGUCGCCGUUUAGCCAGUCCAAGCUCUCCCAGGAGCAGCUCGCUGAACUGCAGAAGUCGACCCAUUUCGACAAGAAGGAGUUGCAACAGUGGUACAAGGGUUUCCUCAAGGACUGCCCGUCCGGCAUGCUCACCAAGGAGGAGUUUCAAAAGAUUUACAGACAGUUCUUCCCAUUCGGGGAUCCAAGUUCAUUCGCAGAUUAUGUCUUCAACGUCUUUGACAGCGACAAGUCGGGAAGCAUCGACUUCAAGGAGUUCAUUUGCGCGCUGAGCGUUACGAGCCGCGGAAAAAUGGAGGACAAGCUCGACUGGGCCUUCCAGCUGUAUGACAUUGACGGCGAUGGAAAGAUCAGCUACGACGAGAUGCUGAAGAUUGUCGAGGCAAUUUACAAGAUGGUCGGCUCCAUGGUUAAGCUCCCUGAAGACGAAGACACCCCCGAGAAGCGGGUACGGAAGAUUUUCCGCAUGAUGGACAAGGACGAGAACGGAAGCCUGGACAUGGAGGAGUUCAAGGAGGGAAGCAAACGCGACGAGACCAUCGUGUCUGCCCUAUCCCUCUACGAUGGCCUGGUGUAA